CACUGAACCAGGAAGUGUUUUGGUGUGACGCGAGCACAUGCGCCGCUCAUCAUCACAUCACAAUCAUGCAAUAGAUAGUCAUCUAACUUCACAUUUCAUUGCAAUCUGUUUAUUUGUGUUAUUAGUGGAGAUGUUAAGCCAUGCAUAUGAUCGUGGAGAUGUGCGAUCUUUUGUCGUCAUGCAUCUAAACUUUUUACCCGAGACUUUGAGAAGUAUGUUUGAGUUGUAAGUGAAUGAUGGGUGAAAAUGCAAGUUAUACUGAAUACGGGUCAUGGAGAAACUAGAAAACUCGGAAGAUUGCAGGGAGACUGCGUCUCCACUGAACAAUUCAGGGUCUAUAAUGAACAGCACCAUGCCCCAUUGUGAUGGGAAAGCCAUGGGGUUUGUGCUGGUACAUGCAGGGGCAGGCUAUCAUUCUGAAUCCAAAGCCAAGGAAUACAAACAUGUGUGCAAGAGAGCUUGCCAGAGAGCGGUGGACCAGCUCAGAGCUGGAGGAUUGGCUCUGGAGGCCGUGACAGCAGCUCUUAUAGAGCUUGAGGACUCUCCAUUCACAAAUGCGGGUACCGGUUCCAACCUGAACCUCUCGGGUGAGAUCGAGUGUGAUGCCAGCAUCAUGGAUGGGAAGUCAUUAAACUACGGAGCUGUUGGAGCUUUGAGCGGAAUCAAAAACCCGGUGCUGGUAGCUGGAAGGCUAUUAAGUGAAGCUCAGAAAGGUAAACUUUCAGCUGGCAGGAUCCCUCCAUGUUUCUUGGUGGGCAGAGGAGCAGAACAAUGGGCAAUUAGCCACGGUAUCCCAGCAUGCCUAACAGAAAAGAUGACAACCAAGUUCAGUUUGUCAGCCUACAAAAGGAACAAGAGGAAGAUGGAGCUGGCCGAGCAGGUUGAGACCAAGCGGAGGCGACAAACAAGUGGACGUGGGAAGGAUUUUGGCUGCUUGGAGCCUGUAGGAGAGAUCAUGGUGGAAGGUGAGGAGAAUCAUUCAGCUUGUUUGGACACGGUAGGGGCGGUGGUGGUGGAUCGGGAAGGAAAUGUGGCAGCUGCUGUUUCCAGCGGAGGCCUGGCCAUGAAACACCCGGGCCGGGUCGGACAGGCUGCUCAUUAUGGGUGUGGCUGCUGGGCUGAAAACGCCCGUGAUGUCAGUCUUUACUCUACAGCUGUGAGUACCUCAGGCUCUGGAGAGCACCUGAUUCGCACCAUAUUGGCCAGAGAAUGUUCCUCUGCCAUGCAGGCUGAGAACGCACACCAAGCUCUACUGGAGGCUAUGCAAAACAAAUUCAUCAGCUCACCGUUUCUGGCUGGUGAGGACUGUGUUCUGGGUGGGGUGAUCGUUCUGAGGUGCUGCACAUGUGAAGAAACCCAGAAUGCUAAAGACAUCAAAGCUCUCUUGGUGGAGUUUCUGUGGAGCCACACUACAGAGAGCAUGUGCGUGGGAUACAUGUCCGCCCAGGACAGCAAAGCCAGGACUCGUAUAUCCAGACUUCCUCCUGGAGCGGUGGCAGGACAGUCACUGGCAAUCGAAGGUGGAGUUUGUCGACUUGGGACGGCAAGUGACUGAAGCCGCGUGAAAUCAUCUUCUAUUUCUGCAGCAAUAUGCCAGCAAUAGGAUUUUAAUAGCGAGUGUUUGGCAUUGUAGGGCACAGUUAUAAAUGGAGACGUUUGUUGCAAUAUGUUCCUUUUUUUUCAUUUUCUUUUCUCUUGCACACACAAGCAAAAAUUAUUUAUUAAUUUUUUUCCCUAUUCAUGCUCGUUCAUAACCUGUUGUACUGUCACUUGAUAGAGGGUCGGCAGUGUCGGCCAAGUGCACUUCAGGACUAUAGUGCCCUGCUCGGGCUUCCAAGAAAUCUUUCAGCUUCUAGUAUGCGCUGGACAAGACUUGAUACUUCAUUUCUAUUCCUUUCUUUGGAACAAUAUGCAUCGUCCUUACCUUUGUAUAUAAGCUAUGGGAUGUUAAAACAGGGUGUCUUUACAAUAACGGCUUGUUUUUUUGCUUCUAAACUCAAAACUUGACGUUUAAUAUUACUUUUACUAUUACUUUUUUAUAUAUAGCUAAGAUGUUUGUUUUGUGAAAAGGUGAGUUAAGUAACUCAAAAAAUAAAGUUCUGAAUGGUUCAGGAUUUUUUUUAAAGAGUUUACGCCGUGUGCUUGAAAAAAUAGUCUGGAUGAGUCGCAAGUAUGUACGCAUUAAGCAAAUAUUUGAUUUAUAUAUAACGGUUUGAGUUAAGAGUUGGACUACGAUUAAAUCUUACUAUAUGCACUAUGUUGAAUAUGAACUGAUUCAUGGUUUAUGCCACAAGGUUGAAUGCAGUAAGAUCGCCGUAUGAUAAUCUGAGAAUAGAUGCACUUGCACUUUCGCCUAGCGUCUUACUGAAGUGCACUACUUUUACUAACCGCACUGCUCGUAAGUGUACUAAGCAAACUACAUGCCCGGUUCGUUUGAAUGGCGCAUGAUGAGCAAUCCAAGUAUGCAUUUCUUUUGCGUACCAUCAGUUUGAAAGCUACAUAGUGCACUUCUGUGGUUGAGCUGUAUUAGUAGGUGAACAGCUUUGUGUUUUGUAAUGCCAUGUGUAGUGCUCAGGAGUUACAAGGAGACCCCCAAAAAGCUAAAAAGACUGUUGGUCCAUCUUUGAAAUAUAUUUGUAAGCAGAUAAAUAGAUCUGUAUUUUAUAAAGGCUUAAACAGGAGAGGAUCUCUAAAAUGCAUCUAUAAUUUAAUCAAAUAUGUUAAAGGUUAUUACAAUGAUGAGGGUAUUUUUGGCAUGGAUUAUGUUUAUUAAACUGAUGUUUAGAACGCUUCUUCAGUUUAGAUAUUUGUUUUUUAGUUAUAUAUCUCUCUCUAUAUAUAUGUAAUGCAUUUAAGCUUAUUUUAGUUUUACUUGACUUUGCAUUUAUUAUGAAAUGUCUGUAAACAUUUGCAACAGCAGAUUGUAAUCAUCUCUUGCUAUUAUAAUGUUCAAUAAAAUUUGUUUCUUUAUGGACAUUAA